UACUGCGAAUCUCUCCUUCACGGAGAACAGAAAAAAGUCUUCUUCGCUGCAUUCAGUCACCAAAAUCUCCGUCGCACACUCUGCACACCCCCAAAUUCAUUUCUCGGCACCCUCUUUUCGACUUGAACCACAUCCAAUUUUUCGUCACCUGUUGAUGUAAAAAAGAUGUCUCAAUCGUAUUUCGGCCGCGUCGAGCCAGACGGUCGACGCCACCUUGGCUCUGAUUUUCAACAUUUGGCGAAAUGGACCACUGCUUUUGCCAUGAACAAGCCCCCCUUGGUCCCAUUGUCGAAACUCUCCCCUUCCGACCAGGCCACUCUCUUUUCCAAGUUGCCCCGCCAGUUUUGUCUUCAGAAAGGCCCAGACAACACCUUCAAGCUCCAGACCGUCAAGGAUGAGCCAGUUUCAUGGGAGAAAUUUAGCAAGUCCAUUGAUCCCGACGUUGCUGCCACGUUGCACACUAGCACCUAUGAGCGAGCACAGUCGCGUCAGGCCGAGUUGGAGCAAGGGGCUAUCAACGCAGAGCCUGCGCUUGUUUUGUACGAGCGCUUUUGCGAAGAAACUGCCCUGCACGAAGGUAAGGAUGCUAAGGCAGCCUUCAAGAAGGGAAAAGAAGGGCGCGCCGACAUCCUCAACGCCAUCCUCAACGAUGUCAAAACCCGCUGGAAGCAGGAGUUCAAGGACACCUGGAAGUUGCGACUUGAGCAAGCUCUUUCUGCGCAGGGCGCCCUCAAUGUGAAACCCGACAUCAAGGUCAACGGCGAGGCGAUUAAAUCCAAACUCAGCGAGACAGUCGGCAAGAUUCCAACCAAUGCCAUACACAACGCCAAGCACUACGCCAAGCCAGAUAUCAAGAUCGGCGACAAUACCAUUGACUCCAAGAGCAGCGAGGCAUUCCUCAAUCUUCCGACUGAUGUCAAUCACAACGCCGAGCUUGGCACGAACGACCAAUCUGAGGGCUCGGAGCAGGAUUCUGAUGAUGAGGAGAGCGAAUACUUUGACGACGAUUCCGACGAAGACUCUAAUGAGGAAUCAGCUGAGGGCUCUGGCCAAGAAAACGCCGACCACGUCGUGAACUUCCCCACCGCUCCCGAUGUCAAGGGCGCCAAUAUCAACACCUUGCCGGCGCUCAGCCCUGAUCACGGCAGCGACACUACGAACCCGGGCUCGUCGGGCAGCCCUUCAACUGAAAGAAGCUCACCCCAAUUUCCCGGAGCUGAUGGAACUGCCAAAGUCAAUGGCCAGCUCGGAUAUAGUAUCGGUCAGCCGCAAUUCACUUAUCUGGGAGUGCCUCCCUACCUAGCCUACGCGUUCAAUGCAAGCAACGGCAUUUUCGAUUCCAGCAACUUCAUUGCCCCUCCAAACAUGGCCGGCCAACUCAAUACCUCAUUCGCCGUCAACCAGACAGGCUCUGCAACCUGCUACAACCCAUAUGCAAAUGCAUAUAGCACCAACAUUCCACCUCAACCUUUCUACAAUAGCAUAGUGGGAACGCAAACUGUGACCCAGACGACCUCCACAGUCGUUGAGUCAAAGCCUAUCCCUUGCAAGCCUGCCCACCAGACCGUGGAAGAGCCAGAAAUUCGUCCUGGCGAAAAGUAUCCUCGGGCCAAAAAGGCGCCGUUUCCUGGAAUGGAUUUUUUCGAUGUGCCUUGGAAGGGCCGACCCGAGGAACUCGUUCCCGAGUAUUGGGCCUACAAGGACACUAAGCUCAUGUAUUUGUGGCACAAGAUCCACGAUUUCGUUCUGCUGGAUGCAAAGCUGCGAACUACCCCGGCGACCGGCCUUAUUUCGCGCAAUCCGAUCCACGUUUUUGUCGAUCUUUCGAACAUCAUCAUUGGCUUCUACGACUCAAUGAAGAUACAUCGCAGAAUCCCCGUGCAGCGCCGAGUUCCGCCUCCUGCUUUUGCAUUUGACCACUUCGACACGCUUCUGACUCGUAACCGAGAGGUCGCGAAGAGAGUUGUCGCUGGUUCUUUGGGAAAUAACAUGAAGAAAAAGCCCGAGUACAUGGUCAAAGCCCAGGAGCUGGGCUACGAGAUGAACAUCAUGCAGCGGGUACCCAAGCCCAUCUCGCCACUGCUAAAGAAGAAGUCGCUGGGUGGUUCUCCCGGUGUCUCGGACACUUCCGGGGAUGACCUCUUUGCAGGCCCAAUGAAGCAGGGUGAGCAGGGAGUCGAUGAGAUUCUACAUUUGAAAAUCUUGCAGAGCAUCACGGACUUCCCGGGCAAGUUCCGAGGCACAAUCGUCCUUGCCACUGGCGAUGCUGCACACGCCGAGUACUCGGACGGGUUCAAGCGAAACAUUGAGCGUGCUCUCAGCCAUGGCUGGAACAUUGAGCUCUACGGCUGGAGCCGUAACAUUUCGUCUGCUUGGAGAGAUCCUGCCUUUUCCAAGCUGUGGAACGACCAAUUCAGAAUCGUCGAACUUGAUUCCUUUUCAGAGGAGCUCUAUGACCUUACUAUCGAUUUCCUUGAAGAUUAAGUACAGUGCUCGGAUAUCGUGGAUGGCUCCACGAAUUUUGCAACCGAGCCUGCACUGCUCUUCCAAUUCAGCAACGGCUAU